AGUAAACAUGCGUGUAGACUGCGGGCUGGACAGAAGCGUGUACUGUUUGGAACUAGGCUGCUGGAAGUGUAUUCGUACUUAACAAGAAUAUUUUUUUGUCGGUGGAACAAACCCCUUUUCCUGCAGAAUGAAGCUUUUUGUCACUGGGCUGAUCUUAUUGGUUGUUAAACGUACUGGAGUGAGUUUUGUGAAAAAAAUCACAGCGGUCCGCGGCAAUGACGUCUGGAUCGAAUGCACAUUUGACGCUGCCAGGAUGAGCCAAGACAAGCCUGUAUGGUGGCUCCACUGUGAGAAUGCAAAGUGCGCGGAGAUCCAGCACUUCAUUGGUGGCGUGGAUCAGCUGCUGGACAGGGCAGCCUCCAGGAGGGGGCGCGUUUACCCAGACAAAUUCAGAGAGGGAAAUGCCUCUCUCUUCAUUGAGAACGUGCAGGUGUCUGAUAAGGGGCUUUAUGAGUGUACUGCUGUAUUGACAGGCGGUCUUUACACUAAAUUCGUUGAACUAACUGUUCUAGCCUCUUACGAACCCCCCCAGUUGACAGAAGCCCUGGACACUCGCUCCUUCACCUGCUCUUCUAGAAAUGGUUUCCCUCCUGCGCUGGUGACCUGGACCGGUGGCAGUGGGAUGAAUUACACUCCGGAUUCAGUCACGCAGCACACACUGAAUCCAGAGGGGCUGUAUGAUGUUGUGAGUAAAUUAACAAGGAAUGUUACUGAAGAGGCAACAGUCUGCUGUACAGUGUGGAACCAGCCUCUCCAAGAACACAAAACCAACUGCACGCGAGUCACUCCAGGACAAGAGACCGAUGAUCAGCACAUUAUAAUGACAUCAACCCUAAUCCCUGUCGCCCUUUUCAUCCUGGCUUGUUGUGUUGGGUUCAUGAUAUACCGGUAUCUCUCUAAAGGACGCCAGAAUCUGACCAGAAUGCGGAAGAGGAUUUCUAGGUUCUCAGAUGACAUGGUCAUUGUUCUGAUUGGGAGACCAAAGCACGGCAUGUCGUCGCUCAUCAACUCCUGUGUGUUUGCCUACAAGGCUGAAGAACCCUUUGCUAACUGGGCUGGUGCGGAGAAGGGUCCCCCACAUUAUGCCCAGCCUGAGGAGGUGCCCCUGACAGAGCGCAUCACCAUCACCAGAGCACUGCUGCAGCCAGAGGACAGGUUCUGGACCAGUGAAAGGGACUCCUACCUGGACAAGUGGAGAAAGCAAGUCCAGUGUUCUAGAUGUCCUUUUGUGUUUGUACAAAGUUGCAUCAACAAGCUGACAGCAACAACCAAAGAUGAAAUUCAAAAACUGUUUGAAGAUGUUAGAAGUGUUUCAGGCUCGUACCCUUUCACUGCGCUGACCAUGAAGAACUUUGAAAAUGCAGAUGAGCUGAAACGUUUCUUCAAGGAUCUGGGGAGUAAACGGGUGUUCACAUUUCACAACUACACGAUACAGGAGCACAAGAGAAGUGCAAAGAGGGAUGAGGAGUUUUUGGAUUUUGUGAUCGCCUGUAUUGAUGAGACUCUUGUCCCUGAAUUUGAGACGGUACACUUAAAGGAGAAUGUUUGAUGUGUCCUUCACACCCACUGUAUCCUGGUAAAGAGUACAGUACAAGAAUCAUUCAAUUUAAAAUAGUGUUGGAUGGUUUUCUGUUGACACACAAUGGCACUGCAUUGUCAUUACUGUGAGCCAAGAACCACAGAACAUUGUUUUGCCAUAGGCUGAGUGUCUUCAACCACUCAGAAGUACUAUAAGAUGUGUCUUACUGCACACCCUGGAGUGGGUUAUUGCAUUUAUCCCAGCCAUUUUAUAAGAUCACUUACCAUGACAUCUGAUAUAUUGUGCUUUGUAAUGAUAAAAAUCAAAAAUGAUGCUGAAAUGUGAUCUGUGUGUACUGAUAGGCUUAAAACAGUCACGUGGACUGAAGGGAAGGCUCGAUGAACUUUGAACCCGGAUGAGAUUGUAGUUAGGAGUGAAAGCAGAGACAGCUCAUUUUGUGAGGAGUAAGAGAUCGGGCAAGAUAGACGUGCAGGCUGCAAUGGAGUUUGUUUUUGAGACUGAUUUCGAUUACUCCAGGCAGGGAGGAUCUAUUACUAGUCACCAUUUUAUGUAUUUAUUUACAAUUUUGUAUGUAUUUCUUUUUAAAUUAAAUGAUAUAUGUUUUUACAUAUAUGUUAAUGUAUUUACAGUUUUGAUUUAUUUAUUGUGUUAUUUACUUUAACGUCAAGAGGUCAAAGUUAAUUCUGUUUAUGGUGAAUACAUCAAUAGUUAUUGAAUUAUGUUUCUAAUUUGACUUUGUAAUUUCUGCGCCUUUUAUAUUCCAGCAGGUUCUGAAUGAUGUAAAUAGUUACUGGAGA